CUCUUUCAUACUCGGGGACGUUCCGCGGUCUUCUUUGAUAUUAUUAAACGUGAAGGCGGGUCGAUGAACGAAUUCGGCAAAAAAUGACGGUCAAUUAUGCAAUACGAUACAUUAUUGACAAUCCGUAAACACGGAUUUGUGUUGGAAAACAAAGAAGGGACGUUUUAAACGAAAAAUGUCGUAAAAGGCAGGUUAGCGUGUUGUGUUUGUUUUCGGUGUUUCGGUGGAAACGAUGGCCAACUCCCCGACCAGUAUAGAAACACAAAUAGACAGUUUUUUGGAGCAAUUUAAGAGGAGUGCGUCUAAAGCGAUGGAGGAGAGGAUGGAGUGGCCCGAUGGUCCGUCGCCAGGUGGAGUCGUCAAGUCUCGCAGUAGCUGCUUCGCUCUGGACGCAGCAGCUGAAGCGGAGUGCGAUGGUUGCGGCGGCGACGGCGACGAGGGCCGCAAUGUCAGCGAGUUGCUGCUGCCGCAGUACGCGCUGGCCACCGGUGGCCUGGCCAGGGACCACCGGCCUCUCAUCACCUUCCCUGACAAUAACAACUUCCACAUCAUCACACCCUCAGAGUACCGGCGGCUGCUGCUUUACCUCACCUCGGUGCCCUCGUUAUUGGAAGCAGAUAUGGGCUUCCACAUUAUAAUAGACCGAAGAAAAGAUCGAUGGAACUCCGUCAAAACAGUAUUAUUAAGGAUCUCAGAAUUCUUCCCUGGAAUAAUUCACGCUGUGUACGUUCUCCGGCCAGCAAGCUUCCUGCAGAAGGCGCUGUCAGAAGUCAGUAGUAAAUUAUUCAAAGAAGAGUUCAGGUUCCGGGUGCUAGUCUGUUCGUCGGUUGAAGAGUUGUAUGAACACUUUGAUAGGUCACAACUGACGCCGGACCUGGGUGGGGAACUACAGUAUUCACAUGCAGAGUGGAUACAACAGCGGAUAGCACUAGAGAAAUUUUCUACAUUAAUGAAGGAAAUCUCGAGCAAAUUGGACGAGUUCAUGCAUGAGAUUGUAGACUGCGAUAUGGGAAACGACCCGACACAAACCAAAGAUUUAUUAGACUGUCAGGAAAAUAGGUAUAAAGCUUUAAAAACUGAACUAACGUCGGCAACGUCGCAAGGCGAAGAGUUACUGACGCAAGUGCGGAAACCAAACCUUACUUAUAAUAUUAUCAGCCAUGUCGCUGCGGUUGAGAGAUUACUGGUGCAACUGGAGGAGACUGAGAAACAAUUCGACUGUUUCUGGCAAAAACAUUCCACAAAGUUAAACCACUGGCUAAAAUUCAGAACGUUUUUAUUAAACUUUAAACAGAUGCAGGCUACUUUGGACAAUCAUCUAAAAACAGCGUGCGAUAUGACGGAGGUGGGCGAAACUGCAAUCAGAGUGGACAGCCUUUUACAAGAAGCUGGUGACUUUGAGAAACUCUGCAACUGUGAUCUUGAUACUGCAACCUCGGUUAUUGAAGACGGUGAAAAAUUAAUGGAAGACCCGCUAAGUCAAGUCGACCACAUAGAAUCAAAAUGCGAGGAACUACGACGAACGAGUGCUUUACUAUUGGAUAAAAUACAGAAACGAAAUCUACUCCUGACCAAAGCCAGAGAACUCAUGGACAGGAUAGAUAAGGCGAACGAAUGGUGCGCAACCGGAGUCGAGAUCCUAGCCGGGGAAGGAGGUCUGAUAGCCGUGGACAAACUGUUGGAAGAUGCUACCAGCUUCGGUCUAACCGCGCCCGAGCAAUUCCGGGACAUGCUGAUGCAGUCAGCUACACAGGAGACCAGGGCACUUGUCACACAGGUGGCACAAAGAGUAGAAGACGUAUGGCUGAUGGUGUCGGUGAAGCGAGCGUCCUUACAGCGCGCGGCCGCCAAGCCGGCGCGGCCCGUGCAGUCCGUGCCGCCGCAGAGUGCCGCCAUACCCGCCACCAACCACCAGAUGGAGACGUCGGGAGGGUCAGAGAGUUCUGGCGGAGAAGAUGCAGAGGCGCGGCGGUCGCGGCGCGGCCAUGUGCUCGCCGAGCUCAUGCAGACCGAGCGAGUCUACGUGCAGGAGCUUGGCUCCAUACUAGCUGGGUACAAGGAAGAGAUCGAAAAGCCAGAAAAUCAGCACUUGUUGCCUGCAGCACUAGUGGGACAGGCCGACGUGUUGUUCGGCAACCUACACGAACUGUUCACAUUCCACCAGGACGUGUUCCUCAAGGAUUUGGAGAAGUCUAUAUCUGCCACGGAACUCGUUGCCUUAUGUUUUGUUGAAAAGAGGGACACAUUCUUCCGGCUAUACAGCUACUACUGCCAAAACAUCCCGCGGUCGGAGCGACUACGCGAGACAUUAGUGGACACGCAUCUGUUCCUGCAAGCAUGUCAGUUGCGCCUCGGACACAAGCUGCCACUCGCAGCCUACCUUCUCAAGCCCGUGCAACGGAUAACCAAGUACCAGCUACUGCUUAAGGACCUACUCCGGUAUAGUGAAUGCGGCUCAAUGACGACAGGCCUGCAGUCAGCACUGGACUGUAUGCUCGUCGUACUCAAGUGCGUCAAUGACUCCAUGCAUCAGAUCGCCAUUACUGGCGUACCUCUGGACAUAAGCCAGCAAGGCGAGCUGCUAAUGCAGGGCUCGUUCCUCGUGGUGUCGGAGAACAAGCGUGACUUACGCCUGCGCAUACGACCGCGUCGCCGACACAUCUUCCUCUACGAAAAGGCCAUGCUGUUCUGCAAGCCUGCUACCAAGAACAGUCACAAUAAAGCCACAUACCAUUUCAAACAUGACUUACAGAUGUCACAAAUCGGUCUGACGGAGUCUGUGAAGGGCGACCCGCGCAAGUUCGAGGUGUGGCGGCAGGGGCGCGCGGAGGUGCACACGCUGACGGCGGCGAGCGCGGACGUCAAGCGCGCCUGGGUGGAGCGCGUCAAGCGCGUGCUGCUCGACCAGCUCAACGAGCUCAAGGGCGAGCGCGUGCGCCAGUACAGCGCGCAGCACAGAACAUUAAUACAAACGAGUUCGUGGGACCUGGGCCCGCCGAGCCAGCCGCAGAAGGCGAGCGCGGUCCCCAACCCGACGCGCACGGCGUCGUGUGAGGCGCACGACGAGCCGUGCUGGUCCACCGACCCCUCCGACGACGACGACGACGAGCCCGAACACCCGCCGUGUUGAGUGAAGUGAAACCCACUCUUUAUGUAAGUGUAAAGUGUAUUUUUAAAGGAAUGCGGGCUGAAUAGUCACGGGUAGCGCAUGACAACGCUGGCAACCCCACGCACAUGAUGCUUCCCGUUAACAUUACUGUCUAAAUUGUGGAGACGGGAUUACAAUAUUGGUCAAACGGUGGUAGCAAACGCGCAUCGUCUGAGAAUUUGCAGUAUCUGCUUACUUAGAUCUAGUCGUGUAAAUGAUGUAAAUACUACAAAUUCUCGACAUACGAUAAAGUCAUAACGUCCUGCCCUAGUCCAAUAGGAUUCACGCCCUCACAGCAUAACGUUAAGUUAGCAAUCAUCGCUUUUAGUUGAUUUCGAAUGAUUUAGCGACACCAGCACUGAACCUUAGGUUAGUGGCACGUGACGCGCUCACGUUGUGUUGUUCAACAGGUGGCGGAGGCCGUGGGUCUCAACGGUACCAUACACAGAAUGGUACAGUUCUUUUCAGUGGCCGGCUCUGCACAGGCCACGUCCACGUUUUACGUGUCACAGUACUGAAUGUCCUAACUUACCACAUGCUCCCCCCGGAGCCUUUGUACAUAAUGAAAAACGAGACUGAGUCAUAUCCAAAGUUUAAACUAUCUUACCAAAGAGAACGUGGAUAUUUCGGUUGUAUUCGCUGAACAUUAACUAUCGUGUAAGUCAUGUUUUGUUUGUUAUGUCACUCAUUGUCAGUGUGCUUAUUGGUUUUAUGUUAAAUUAUAUGCUUGCUUCAAUUAAAUGUUAUAUACAUCAGUGUCGAUAAAUAUUAUCAUUUAUUUCUAUCUUUGUGUUACAAUGUCACGAAAUAUUUAGUAGAAACACGUAUUAUAAACUUAUUAUAAUGUAAUAUAUACGUGUAUACAUAUAUCUAGCGAAUCAUAUGUCAUGUUAUGUAAUUGAGUGCAUAAUCAGCGCUUAUAAAAAAUCUACUAUCGACCUACUAUCCAUAUUUUAUGUGUUAUCUAGAAACGAAAAAUCAAAAGACAAAAGAAUACAUAAAUUAGUACAGACUACCCAUAUUAUAAUUACCGAACAGAAAAUUCAUAUUAAGUAGUUUAUAUAUAGUUACAUACUUUGAACAAGGAUAAAGAGGAUAUGUAGCGUGAUUGGACACAGCUGAGCACGGCAUCACAGCUUGCAUCAUUCACUGACCACUGCUUUGGACGUGCAAUCAAAAGCUUCUACUGUAAUGUUUGGUUUACUAAGUGUGACACCAUUUCUGAUACAACUCUACCUAUUUAUUUAUACUAUCUAAAACUGAAAACAUGUUAUGAGUUUAAUUACAAUGCCACCUGGACGAAAAAGUUGUCAACUACCAACUCAAUAUGUAUUUAAAAAUUACAUAAGUAUAUUUUUGAAAAUUAAGCUCAUAAUAUCAGUAAGUUUUUAGAUUAUUAGCUCUCGAAUCGACUGGACUUAUGGACGUAAAUCUAUGAAUAUCUAUAACUACAUACUGGAGUGUUUUAGUAUCACUUUACCUUACUUGACAACUAUCUUAAGUAUAUUAUGUAAUGCCCGCCUAUUUUAAUGUAUAAAAAACCGUCGAUAUAAUAAUAUACAUAUCUAUCUUCUAAAA